UGCAUCGAGUUUGUUGUUUUGUUUUGUUCCCAAAAAAAUAAUGCACAAUUACUAUUCCACGUGAUAAAAUAAAAAGUACCACAAAAACCACAAAAGGGCAGAGAAAUAUAAUGUCGGAGUACACCAAGAGUCCAGUUGUUAUUGAUGGUGAAGCAAUUGAAUCAGAUGACGAGAUCGUAUCAUUUUCCAAUGCCUACCUCCCAAUCCAGACUGCCACAGAGCUGACGGAGUCUUUUAUGGCCUCCAGUGCAUCAUCCCCAUCAAGAUCUGAUCCACAAUUCUCGUCAAUUUUGCACAGGAAACUCUACGAACGAAACGAACAACUUUGGCGUCAUAUUUACAAUUUUGUACAAUCAACAGUUGUCUCAGCAUCCAAACAAAUCAUUGCUGCUGAUCAGCAACUUCUCAAGAGUCAAAUUAUUUUACAAUCGGUGGCAUCGGCUGUGAAAAAAAUGAACACAUCUAGCACGCAAGUUCUGGAACGCGUGCGUGAUAUUGCCACUGCGAAUUUUCUUCCUCCAAUAAAAAUGAGAUCUUUAUGAUUAAAAAAAAAAAAAGAUUUUUUUGCAUUGUUGAAAAGCGCGCGCAAAAAACUAAGAUAACCGGAGAAAGCGUCGACUAAAUGAUAAUCGGGAUAAUCGCAUAUGCGGUUACUUUGAAAGGUUUAUUCGUCGAAUAAAUGAGCCGAACUCAUUUGGAAAAGAAAUUAUUUUUUAGUUUAAUUUCUCGGCUCCAAUUUAUGCA